GAAUCUGGAGAUGUGAUGAGCGAACGAGCUUGCUUUGUUGAAACAAGUAGCAGCUAACUGUGAUAGCUAGCUAGCUAGCUCGUUGAAUCGAUAGCCGCAUGCUACGGAGCUAGCUACGGUGGCUUGCCGCUUAGGCCGCGGCGUGCAGGAAGCAUGUUUGGCUUAUAUCUUGCCCGACUGGUAAACGCGUUAAAUAAUCUACGUUUCGGGGAAUAACAUUUUAUAGUACAAAGCCAUUGAUAUAUUAACCUAAAUUAUUGAAAGCUAGCUGCAGAGAUCUGUGAAUGAAUGUUAACGCUGUUUACGAGCAGGGCAGGCCUGACUGUUAUCUAACAUUUGAAUAUGUGCUGCUUGAAACUUUUGUUCAUCUUUUCGUAUCUAUUGCCCGUGCAGCUGUGAUCCAACAACACGCAUUAGUUGUUUUCUGUGUAACUGAAUGCUGUGACAUAAUUUGUGGCUCUAACUAAAUGUGCUAACGCUACUUGAAAUCUUAAGUAACGUGUGGGCAACCGCAUCUUUGUCGGCUAACGUUAGCUUUAAGUAAAGCGGCAACGUUAGCUAAACGUUUUGGCUACAUAACCUCACAUGUUGUCUUACAGUUGUAGUAUCGUUGUUUUCGAAUAUGUGAUUUAACUAUUGUACAGUUUAAGUAAAUUGUUUAUGCAAAUACAUAUUUUAUGCCAUUUUGAGUUGCUAAACUGAGAUUGUGCCUUCAUUUUCAAUGUUUAUGAGAGACGUUACGGUAACGUAGCCGUGUUUCUCGCGGUUUAUGGUUGUACGACAGCAAAGCUAAUGUUGGCUUUAUUGAAGCUUUACGACUACAGGACGCCUGCCGUUAAGGUACAGAUUUGGGGCAAGUUCCUACUUUUUUGACAUUUUACUCAAUUUUGAGUCUGGUUUUGGUGACCCACUUAGCUAUUUACGAACUUUCUUUGCGUUAACAAUCCAGCCUCACUGUAGUCGAUGCAGGGAAUGCAACCUUUGUUGGGUUUUGAGUCUGGUUGCUUGGUCCUAGAUAGUUAUUCCAUUGACUCCAUUGUGUUUUUACACCUCCGGCCACGUUUCGGUCAGUGAUGUUAAGGCAGGCAUUUUGCCUUUAGUUGCUCACAGAAUAUUUCUCCCCUGAGGAGAGCUGAUGUGUUGGCAGAUACAUGGCACUUUUCACUUAACUUGGUUGAAUCUUUCUAAAUUGUGUCACAUUACUGGAAACUACCUGAAAAGUAUGUUUACAGACUGUAAUAUCAAAAGCAAUGGGUAAUCAUCCACUCUGUUAUCCUCUCAGUAAUUUAGUCAGCUUUUGGCAUUUGUGCCGAGACAAACUAUGGGUUUAACUAAGCAUUUUGUGUUCAGAAACAAGCUGUCUUAGUUUGCCAGCUAAACCGUCAAGUUGUUGACCAUAAGAAUUAAGUUAUUUUGGCUGGACAAAAGUAUUUAAUUAAAAAAAAUGAAAUGUCACAAUACCUGUUAAGGAAGGAGAUAAAAUGCAACUAUCUUUUUUAAAUUUGUUUCAGCACAAAUUGGAAACAGAUCACCUCCAAUCCUGAACCUGUAGAUAUUCUUGGUAGAUCCUGAUUCCUGCCCUGUUGAUUGUUGUCACAGUAUGCAUAUACAACAGCAGUCUAAAUCUCACCUUCAUGAAGUUUAUAAUGUUCAGUUUUUUUUUUUCAAACUCCUUAAGAGAGGUAUCAAUUCAGCCUUCAUUUUGCAGACUGUUUUUGUUUUAGCUUUGCACGGCGUGGCCAUAGCGGACCUAUCCAGGCCCAGCAAAAACCCUAUUGAUAUUCAUACUAAGAUGAUGUUACUUACAUUUUACUGUAGCAUGGCUAUGAAAUGCAUUCUCUUGUGUUGGUGCUGCACUCUUUGUUGCUUAAGUUAAAAUAACUUUGUUUCCCUUGCCAGUGUUGAGUGAGGGAGCAGCAGGGCUGUGACGUUAAGAGAGCAUUUUACAGAAUCGGCCACCAGCACAAUGGAAUGUGCAGUGGACAUCCCCUCAGGUGAAGAGGAGGCACUUGAGAAAGACGACAUGAAUGCGAAGGAAGGGACUGAGCCACCACCCAAGAAAAACAAGAAGCACAGAAAACACAAGAGCAAAAAGAAGAAGAGGAAGAGGAAGGGGGAAAAGGAGAGCAGUUCAGAAUCUGGUGCAGAGUCGGACUUGGAGCAACUGCUGUCUCCAAAUCCUGUCAGGAACACCAGAGCCAGUGCCAGACUAGCAGCAGCUACAGGAACUGGAGAACAAGCUGGGCUGAAGGAGGAGGGGAAAAGGGAUGUAAUUACAGAUCGAGCCGAUAUGGAGGGCGAUGCAAAAUCCAAAAAACACAGAAGACACGCUGCCAAGAAGAAGAAAAAGAAGAAGAAGAAGGACGAAAAGCAGGAAAAGAAAUCCCCAUCUCGCUCCCCAUCUGAAAGCAGCUCAGCUUCAGGCUCUGAGUCUGAAGGUGAAGGGGUGAAAGUGACUGGUGAUGGAAAAUACUCUCCCGCUGCAGCAUCCGACCUGCAAGAACCAGUGUCCAAACUAGUUUCAAAAAGCAAACGAGGAGAAAAGUCUGAAUUGCUUGGAGUGAAGAAAAAGGAGAUAUCGGAUAUGGAUGUGUCUCCAUCUGGAGCGAAGGGCAGCAACACCAAUCAAACAGAAAAGGAUAUGAGAUCGCCCUCUGCGGGCCAGGAUGAGAUAACGGCCACAGCAACAGGUAAGACAGAGGGUGGUUAUGAGGGUACAUUCAGCCAUGCCCAGGAACUCCCUGACAUCAUCCCUAAACAGGAAGGUGCUACCCCGAGAGAGGAAUCAGGUCUGAAAGAUCAGUCCAAUUGCAGGUCUCCAUCCCCUUCCGGGGGCCUAGACAUGAAGAGGUCUGGUUCAAGUCAUAGUCGUUCACCAACACCUAGUCCUACUAGGGAGCAGCCUGGGCAACCAGCAGCAGCAAGAAAAGAACGGUCAAGAACCCAUUCCAGGUCAACCUCUAAAGAAAAACGGUCUGUAACUCCUCUAAAAAGUCGGCAGCUAUCCCGCUCUCAGUCCCCUAAAUCUAAGAGGAAGUCACUCUCCCAGUCCCCAAAGUCCUUCAAGAGAGAUAUCUGUCAGUCCCGGUCCACCUCUCGCUCCCUCACCCCCAAGAAGAAGGUGUCAAAGUCUCCGAGGAAGUCCAAGUCUCCUAAACGUCGGAGGAGUUCAUUGUCCGUUUCUCCGAAGCGGCGCAGAAGUUCCCACUCUCCGAAAAGAAAGUUGUCGCGAUCCCCUAAACGCGGCGGGCGCAGGUCUCCCUCUCUGUCUCGGUCUCCAAGGAGAAGUCGAAGGCACUCCAGGGCCCGCUCCCCUAGGCGAGGCGGUGCGGUUGGCAGGCGUUCACGGUCACGUUCUGUCAAUAGAAAGCGCCGCUCCAGUUCUAGAUCAAGACGUCCCGUUCGUCGCUCCAGGUCGCCGGCAAGACGCGCAGGAGGUAGGCGCUCCAGGAGUCGAUCCGUGUCUCGGCAUAGGAAGUCACCACCGGCCAGAUCCCGCCGCUCCCGCUCUCGGUCGCUUCGCAAGAGAGGGCGUACUCGGUCACGUUCUGUUGUUGUCCUUAAGCGCAACCGGCACUCCAAAUCCAAGAGUCCUUGCAAACGGACCAAAUCCAGAACCCCUCCCUCCCGCCGGCGCUCCCGUUCCCCCGGCAGGAGAAAUCGUUCACCGCCGAGGUCUGGCAAACGCUCCAAAUCUCGCUCGUUGUCUCGAAGGCUUCGGUCAAAGUCCCAAUCACCGAUACCUGUCAAGAAGAGGUCCGAAUCUCCGAGGAGUGGAAGACGUUCAAAGUCUAAAUCUGUUUCGGCGCCCGUGAACAGAUCUAGAUCCGGGUCGGAGUCGAGUGAUGGGCGGUCGGACAACUCCUCCCCAGCCAGAUCCACAUCUUCCUCUCCUGUUAAAGAGAUGAAGCCGUCCUCCCCUGAGGCAGAGACGGCUGUGGAAAGCGGAGGAUUUUCAUCUACAGCAGGUGCUUGGAAACCUAUGCCUGCAGCAACUGUCCCCAGCCCCCAAACUGGGAGCUUCUCAGAUACGUUUCCAGACCAGCCUCAGGCGCCUUCUCCCAACCAUGACAAGGAACAGAAGGAGUGUGUCAGCUCAGCCAAUGAGCAAGAUGUUUCCAGGUCCGGUUCCAGAGAGCCCGCCGCUGCCCCAGAUCGGUCCGAGCUUUCGGACGGAUCGGACGAAGAAGAGGAUUCUACCUCUCUAGUUAAGCAGCUGUCCAAGUCCCGCUCGCCUACGGAUCGAAGGAAACCGUCCCUCUCAACUUCUCCACCACGACGAUCAACAUCAAAGUCUGCAUCCCGAAGGAAGCCGUCAAGGUCUAAGUCUCCCGUGAGGAAAAGGGAUUCCGUCUCUCCACCGGAAAGGAAGAAACGACGGUCUAAAUCUCGAAGUCCUGCCCGGCGGAAGAAGUCGCGCUCCCCUGCAAGACGUAAGAGGUCACACUCCAAGUCCCGGACCAGAAUCCGCCGAUCCAAGUCCCGCUCUCCUCCAACCCGAAAGAGACGAUCCCGCUCACCCAAUCUCCGCGGGAGGAGGAGGUCCAAGUCCGCAGACAGGAGCAAGCGAUCCAAGAGCCGCUCCACCGGCCGCAGAAAACGAUCGGUAGACAGAAGCAGGCGAUCGAGGUCCCGUUCUACUGACCGCAGACGCAGGUCUAGGUCAAGAGGCCGAGGGAGGCGCCCGGUGUUUCGCAGUCGUUCGUUCGAUAGGCGGGACAGGUGGAAAAGAGAACCCAGCCACUCUCCAGUUCUCAUCCUCCGCAAGCAGCGCCGCUCAGGGUCCCGGACACGACGCAGCACCAGCAAGACUCCUCCACGCCUCACCGAACUGGAUAAGGACCAGUUGCUGGAGAUAGCCAAAGCUAACGCCGCUGCAAUGUGUGCUAAGGCGGGGGUGCCCAUUCCUGAGAGUCUUCGACCGAAAGCCAUCCUCCAGCUCCCUCUACCCACUCCCUCUCCUACUCCUCUCUCCUUACCGCUACCUCUCCCAAUGGGCAUGGGCAUGGGCAUGGGCAUGGGGAUGGGGAUGUCCAACAUGCCCAAUAUGGGUCAGAUGGGAAUGCCCAAUAUUCCAGGAAUGCCCAGCAUGUCAAACAUCACCAUGAGUGCUGCUAUGGCAAGUAUGACAGCGGCUACUAUGACCGCUGCCUUGACCAACAUGGGUGCCCUGGCGGCCAUGCCUCCCCUUGCCCCGCUUCCCACCAUCACUAACAAGCCUCCGCCUUGUCUCGCUCCCCCAACGCCAACUCUCAACCUGGACCACAUCGAGGAAGCCAAGAGGAAGGUCACUCAGCAAGCUAACAUACACACCAUAAAGGAGCUCACUGAGAAGUGUAAGAUGAUUGCAAACAGCAAGGAGGAGAUGGCCAUCGCUAAACCCCACGUCUCAGAUGAUGAAAGCUAAAAUCGUCAAGCCAAUCCCCUCAAAGGACUAAAGGAAAACAUAACCAACGCUUUACAGGAGGACCUACCUUCCCACAGUUCCCUUCGGCAGCCAGAUGACCCGACUGAGCCUCAUAAACCACCGCCACCAAGAAGAAGAAGAAGAGUAUCCAAGUUGUCACAAUCAGACAUACGGGCACCAGCCACUGCCCCACCCAGCUCCCCAGUUUGUUUCUGUCUGUCUGUGUGAGAGAGAGAGAGAGAGAGAGAGAGAGAGAGAGA